AUGUCUCGUAUUUCUUCAAUGGCUUACAAACGGCUCAAGCCGUCAAUUUCGGACGACUCGAAGCCACGUUCCCAAUCGAAUUCUCGUCUCUUCGAUCGAAUUUACCGUCGGGGGAAUUCAUGUCUUCAGGCUUUCGAGCAUACCACCUCCUACGACGAAUCCAUCAGCGGCUAUAUGCGGCGGCAAUUCACCAGCAACGGCGAUCGUUCUAUUCCACUCAGAUACGGCACAAAUCCCCAUCAGAAGUCAGAUGCGGAGUUGUUUUCUGUCGAAGAGGAAAUGCCCAUUAAAGUGCUUAAUGGUGCCCCGGGAUAUAUCAACAUUCUGGAUGCCCUCAAUGGUUGGCAACUGGUCAAGGAACUCUCUGAAGCAACCGGCUUACCUGCUGCAGCUUCUUUCAAGCACGUCUCACCAGCGGGAGCAGCUAUCGGUCUACCACUAAACGAGUCCGAAGCGCAAUCGUGCAUGGUCGCCGAUCUGCCGCUUGACACCAGAAAGCCGUCGUUAGCGGCAGCCUAUGCAAGAGCUAGAGGUGAGCUNAAGAGCUUAAGGAAGUCUGCAAAGACGAACUUCAUCGAU